GGGAACUGGUGUCGCCAGCUAGAAAGUUCAGGAACAGUUGGAGAAGAAGCCGAGCUGCCAAGUCAAGGGAGCCGCUAAUGCAACAUGAUCCGCUGGGUCUUGCCCUAAAAAUACCUCCUAGCAAGAGGGUGGUAGCUAUCUCUAUCUCCUGGAUUACCUGGUAAUGAACUUUUUCAUUUUUUUCCUGAACGACUCAGGGUUUUGUCUGGUUGUUGAGGAAUUACACUUUAUUAUCGUGUAGGACACAAUUGGCAGAAAAUGUGAGUCCAGUUCCUCAGAACCUCACCAAACAGUUUGCGUAAUUGUUCAACCCAGUUGGGGUUGAGAUGAAAAAAGCCGAGGUACUAAUGUCCCUCAAGAAGGGCCCGGACGAAGCCAUGGCUCCGCCAAGCCCGAUCGUCCCCCCAAAACGGUCCAAAGGAAACCAGGAUCAGUCUGUUCCAGACACUCGAGGACGCUCUCAUCCAACUCCGACUCCACCGGUUUUUACGCGGAAAAUGAGGAACGCCGCCGUCGGGACCGGCUGUGACAUUCGACUGAAGGUGACUGUCGCUGGAGACCCUCAGCCCUCGCUGUAUUGGUAUCACAAUGAAGACCUUCUCAACAUGGAGAACCAGGAAUACGGCGGUCUCUGGAUUAGGGAUUGUAAACCAAGUGAUGCUGGACUCUACACCUGCAUCGCCAACAAUCACCUGGGUGAGGCCCGGAGCAGCGCCGUGCUGGCCGUCCUGGACCUUGGUGAAGAUUCUGAGACAACAGAAGAUGAAGGCGACCAAUAUGAGACCAAAGAUGAUGGUGGGGAUUUUGAGGACCAGCCUGCGUAUACAGUGAUGGACAGAUGCACAGAAGAUGGAAAUCGAGCGCUCAGACCUGAAGAUACUACAAGCACAAUCAGGAGCCAAUCUGCUGAGUUCACAAGAGAAUCACCACCCCAAGUCCUGCCACCCCCAUCACCAAGACUUAUCAAGAGGCCCUCCACCUCUCCUAUGUCUAACCGCGCUGGAUCAACAACACCCAUCAACCUGCGUAAGAAAAUCGUAGUGCCAACUGAAUACCAAGAUACGGUGCCGGGAGAGUUUGAAGAAAAGGUUAAACAGCCCAAAUCUACAUCCCAAAGUAGCACCCAGGAAUCCAGACCACAAACCCCAUUAAGCGAUUACACAAGGAAAGAAUAUACCGCCAGACCCUCCCCGAAACUUACGAGGGCAAGCUCAAAGGUUUUUGAGAAGGUCCGUGGGCUUGAGGAGCGGAGACGUAGCCUAGACCUUCCGGAAGGCUCUAUAUCUGGCAGGUCCUGGGCUGGGUUUAAUCGCGCCGGCUCUGUUGAUUCAGACGACGGAGGAAGCCGUCUCGGUAUUUCCAGAGAGAGCUCCAGAGAAGAUCUAAGAGAGGCUCUGAAAGAAGAUGCAGCUGAGCGAAGGACUAUGUUCAGACAACGGGCUGCUUCUCUGGAGGAAAAACCACGCUACUCCCAAAAAGUUCAGGACAUUGAGAACAAGUUCACAGAGGAGCUCCAACGAAUCAAGAAGCUUGUUGGUAAACCUCAUAUGAAGAAAUCCUUCUCAACUGAGCAGCUUACCUUAAAGGGGAAGCAGCGGCAACCUUUCAGAAAAAUAGAACCUAUUCCUCCGCAAGUGCUGCAGAAACUUCAGGAACGUGAGCGCGUCCAGUGGGCAAAAGAACAGCGAGAAAAAGAGCUUAACCAGCAACCAAAAGUACAACAAAUCCAACAUCAGAAGACGUCAAGUCCGGGUGCAGCAGUGCCAGAAUCGAUGCAGUUAUCAGACUUACCUGGACAACGUCCCAUCCGAGAAUUAAGUCGUGUCAGUCCCGUGACAGAGAUCGUUCAGAGAUCCUCAUCGCCUGCACUUCACCUACAACAAAGAGAAGACUCUCCAAGUAAGAAUAUUGCCGAGAUGACGCUAAGGAAGGUUGACCGUCGACCACCUAGUCCACUGGUGCAAAGAGUUACUCGAAUACAGGAAUCCUCUCAUUCUCCCGACUCUCCCGUGCAAGCCUCUCAAAGGGAUGAAACAUCUGGGAGAAGGACACCGAUAGAAGUGAAGCUGAGGAAAAUCGAAAAUAGACCUGAAAGUCCACUGGUACAAAGAAGGGCAGGAGUCAUACAAGAACCAGCCGCCACUGCUCCUGUCAAGCCCCAAAUGAUGACAGCGGUCAGUCCAACUGAGGAGAAAAUGGAAGUGGAUCCCCCCAGACAAGUGUCCAAAAUAAAAAUCCCCACAAUUAUUGUGGAAGAUGAGAAGAUGGAGGAGGAGCUUCCUGUGAAGACGAAUGCACAACAGCCAAUCACCAACCAAGCCAGCCCGAAAGAUCGGCAACAGCAGAAAACCAAAGGAAAGAACCGUCGAAUGCGACCCAUGUCUCCAGAGCAAGACUCUUCAGAUGAUUCUUACGUGUCUGCUGGAGAGGACCCAAUGGAAGCCCCUGUAUUUGAGUCUCCAUUACGAGACGUUGUUGCCUCUUCUGGUUCCGAUGUACAGCUGAAAUGCAUCAUUGCGGGAAACCCAACUCCUGAAGUGGCAUGGACAAAAGACAAGAAUGGAAUUACCAACAGCCCUCGCUUUACUGUCAAAGUGGAGGGCGAGCGACACAGUCUGCUCAUUAAAUCUGCCAACGUAGGUGAUGGAGGGAAGUACUGCGUGACAGCAACAAAUAAGGAAGGCAAGUCGUCCAGCUGCGCGACACUGAUGGUCAAACAAGAGUCUGCUCCAGAACCAAGGGGGAUCCUGGGAGUGCCAAUGGACAUCAGCAGCCCCAUCACUUCCGAUGAGGAGUAUCUCAGCCCCCUGGAGGAAGGCAUUGAUUUUGGAGGGCCGGAGCCCAGGAGGAUCCUUGAUACGCGCUUCAGGAAACCACCGAUGUUCCUUACCACAGUCAGUGAUCAAUCAGUCAUCGAAGGACAGGAAGUCACCAUGUCUGUCCGGAUCAGUGGACAACCUAAACCCAUGUUGUAUUGGCUGAGAGAUCGAGUCACUGUGAAAACUGGUCCGCGCCACAUUGUCCGAGAGACCCAGGACAGCACUUUUGAGAUGACCAUCAAGUCAGCAGUCAGAUCAGACACUGGGAUCUACACGUGUAAAAUCAUUAAUGAGUACGGGACCAAGCAGUGUGAAGCGAAGCUCGAGGUGAAAUCACCACCAGUUGAGCCUGGCCUGGCCAUCAUCCGCCCAGUCAAAGACAUCACAGCGAAGGCAGGCGAUAACGUGAUGUUCGAGUGUCAUGUUAUUGGGCCGAAUGACAUGGAUGUGGACUGGCUAGCCGACGGGAAACUGAUCCAGCCGGCGCUGCUCAACUGCAAGAUGCACUUUGACGGAAGGAAAUGUCGCCUGCUUCUCAACUCCGUCCAUGAGGACGACAGCGGGACCUAUAUGUGCAAGCUCAGCACUGCGAAAGAGGAAGUGACUUCAUGUGGGAAACUCAAAGUCAUCCCCUCCAUUGAACCGCUGUUCACACGCAAGCUUGAUGUUUUGGAAGUCAUCGAAGGGAGGAAUGCCCGAUUUGACUGUAAAGUCAGCGGGACGCCGAUUCCUAAAGUCAUCUGGAGUCACUUUGAUCACCCCCUGACUGAGAGUGAGGAUGUCCGUAUUCUACAGGAGAGCGGCCGUCACUCGCUCAUCAUUUCCCACGUGACAAAUGAGGAUGAGGGCUUCUACACGGUGACGGCCACUAACCCUCAUGGAGAUGCAGAGAGUUCAGCUGAGCUCUACAUCCAAGAACCUCGACCUGCCAUCUCCUCGCAGAUGGCCAAGCUGGAGAAGAUGCCAUCGAUCCCAGAGGAGCCGGAGGUUCCGGAGAAUGAAGUGGAGCGUUUCACCAUGCCCGAUUUCAUCAAACCUCUUUACGACCUGGACGUGGUGGAGGGAAAGGAGGCGGUGCUUAAGUGUAAAGUGGCUGGGUUACCGUACCCCACCAUCUCCUGGUUCCACAACGGCAAGAAGAUCCAAAGCACAGAGGACAGGAAGAUGACACAGUUUCGAGAUGUCCACAGUCUGGUCAUCCGCUCCGUGUGUCACGCCCACGGUGGCGUCUACAAGAGCGUCAUCUCCAACAAGAUAGGCAAAGCAACAUGCUACGCUCAUCUCUACGUCACAGAUAUUCUCCCAGACCCACCAGAUGGAACUCCAGUCAUUGAAUGCAUCACUGGUAAAACCAUCACUCUGAGCUGGAAGAAGCCAAGAAGACUGGAUCCAUCAAUUGAUGCCAGCACGUUGCUGUAUGCGAUUCAGCAGCAGGCGCUUGGCUCCAUCCAGUGGAUCAUCAUAGCCUCCGGCCUGAGGGAGACCACCUACACCAUCAGCACCCUCUCCAAAGGUGUGCGCUACGCUUUCAGAGUGCUGACCAUCACCCCGAAGGCCUUCAGCAAGCCCUCGCCUGCCACCGACCCAGUGCAGCUGGUCGACAGAGGACCUUAUCUGCACGAGGCUCCCGUGAUCAUAGACAAGCCGGAAAUAGUGUAUGUGAUGGAAAACCAGCCCGUGUCCAUCACUGUCACCCUCAACCAUGUCAACGCCACUGUCAUAUGGAAGAGGAGGGGCAUUGUUCUGUCCAGCAAGCCAGAUGUAUAUGAGAUGACAAUGCUCGACGACGACCAGCACACGCUGAAACUGCUGAAAGUGAAAAGCACUGAUGUCGGCGAAAUGAUGUUUUUGGCCUCCAACAAGUUUGGCAACGACAGCUGCGCUUUUAACGUGGAACUAGCAGCUCCGCCUACAUUUGAAACCAUCAUGGAGGACUUGGACGUGUGUUCUGGAGAGACUCCUCGCUUUGCUGUCGUCGUGGAGGGCAAACCAGUUCCUGACAUCCUCUGGUUUAAGAAUGACACUCUGCUGUCAGAGAGCAGUCACUACACCUUUGUUUAUGAUGACAACGAGUGCUCCCUCGUGGUCCUAAGUGCUCGCCCAGAAGACUCCGGCGUUUAUACCUGCACCGCCAGAAACUUGGCGGGAUCAGUCUCCUGCAAAGCUGAACUCACAAUCCACGAAGCUAAAAGAAAAGAGGAGUCGAUGGAUGAUGAGGAGACAAUUAUGAGGAAGAUGCGGCGACUGACCGACCAUUAUGACAUCCACAAGGAAAUUGGAAGAGGUGCAUUUUCCUAUGUGAAACGAGUGACGCAGAAGGUCGGCAAAAUCCAGUACGCCGCCAAGUUCAUUUCCACCCGUGCCAAGAAGAAAAGGUCCGCUCUGAGAGAGAUGGAGCUGCUUUCCAGGAUGGACCACGAGAGAGUCAUUUUCUUCCACGACGCCUUUGAGAAAAAGAAUGCUGCCAUCAUUGUCACAGAGUUGUGUCAUGAGGAGAUGCUUGAAAGAUUCACCAGGAAAUCAACAAUACUGGAGUCGGAUGUGCGUUCAUGUGUUCGGCAACUGGUGGAAGCAGUGGACUAUCUUCACCACAAGAACAUCAUCCAUCUGGAUAUUAAGCCCGAUAACAUCCUCAUGGCCGACCCGCACAGUGACCAGAUUCGAGUCUGUGAUUUCGGAAAUGCGGUGGAGAUGACGCCCGAUGAAGCUCAGUACUGCAAGUACGGCACCCCAGAGUUCGUGGCCCCUGAGAUCGUCAACCAGACCCCUGUCUCUAAAGCCACUGAUAUUUGGCCAGUCGGAGUUAUCGCAUACCUCUGCUUGACCGGAGUUUCUCCCUUUGCUGGAGAGAAUGACCGCAGCUCAGUGCUGAACAUCCGGAACUACAACGUCGCCUUCGAGGAAAGCAUGUUUGCUGAACUUUGCCGUGAAGCCAAAGGCUUUAUCAUCAAGCUGCUGGUGGCUGACAGACUGAGACCCGAUUCUCAAGAAUGUCUGCGACACCCCUGGUUUAAGACCAAUAACAAGGGGAUAUCAAUAAGCACUGAGGCAUUGAAGAAGUUUGUAUCUCGGCGAAAAUGGCAGCGUUCUCUCAUCAGUUAUAAAUCGAAGAUGGUCAUGAGGUCGAUACCGGAGCUUCUGAAUGACUCCAGCAGCCACAUCUCCAUCGCAGUUCCCAGACACCUAAAAGACAGUUCACCUUUACCCUCCUCCUCUUCUGACUCAGAUGAAGACAUUGACGAACUACCAUUCAUUCCCAUGCCACUUCACAUGGAGUUCUCUGGCUCCAGGAUGUCACUGAAUGACAUUCAGGCCAAUGAGCAAGAUGCUGGAAAACAAAAUGGAAGCAGUCAACGGACAGGGUUCGCAACUCAAGAUCAGGAGGAGACGGAGUGUGAGUCGAAAGUAAUAGAGGAAGAAGGUGUUGAAUCAAAAGGUUCCCAGAGAAAAAGGGCAUCACAGGAAAAUAACAUGGGUUCAUCUGAUGAAGACACCCCUUCGGAACUGCCCCAAAAGACAGCGUCCAGAAAGCCACUAAGAAGAGGGUCAAGUAUGGAGUCAGACAAGCCGGAGGGGGGAAGGAAAAGGGGAGAACUUCGAAGGGGUGGCUCAGCUGACAGCGCCUUGCUUCUGCGGAUCCCAUCCGAAGAUGUUGCUGAAGAAAGUAACCAAGAGGAUGGCAGGAGGGUUCUGAAAAAAGCCGUCUCUAUGGAGCUACCAAGAAGGAGCGCAAGUCCAGGAACUGCCAAGAUGAGUCAGGAAGACUAUGCCUUGAAAUUAGAGUUGAUGAGACAGCGCUUGCUUCGCGGGGGCUCAGUAGAUAAAAAAAUGAGUGGCCUAAGAGGUCCUCUGCUGGAAACUUUGGGAAUGGGGGAUGAAAAAUCUGCUCUAUCAUCCGACCGAUACUCUCGCAUGGCCAGGUUAGGCCCACCUCCACUCACUAGAGCAGCAUCCACCGACUCGCCAAGGGAGGACGUCCCUAAAGCCAAAGUGUUGCGCAAAAGUGCGUCAUUUAGUCAAGGCGACUCAGAACCUAUCGCUCUCCACAGACGUUCUGGAGCUCCGUUGGAGAUCCCUUUGGCACAGGUUGAGGAAAGGAGGUUGAAAGAAGCCAUCUCCAUGUCAGCUCUUACUGAGCAAAUCAAACUUGACUCUCGCCCAGUGACACCAAGGGAGCCCUCUCCCAAACCUCCCACACCGGAGAAUAUAGUUCAAGAGAGCCCCAGUAAAACAGAAAGCCAAGAUUCACUAAUGGAGAAGGAGAUGAAGCCGGAUAUUGGUGUGAAUGAAAAGAUGGAUGGAUUGAUGACUGACAGCAAUUAUGAUGAGCGGUCGAGCACGAGUGGGUUCUCUGAGAAGGAUAUGAGUAUAUCAGAAGAACUAAUGAAUGAAUCUGAAUAUACUGGCCAAAGAGCUAGCACACCAGCCAUGGAGGGUUCUGAAGUGGCGGAAAAAAUGGAGGAGGAUUUGGAGGAAAGCGAGCAAGAAGAAAAAGAAGAGCGGAUGAAAGAAGGAAAAAGUGGAGGUGUUAGUGAGUCCGUUGUGAUGGUAGAUGCACAAGUUCCUGAAGAAAAAGAAGAAGAGAAAUCAGAUAGUUUGUCAGAGAUGUCCACGACUUUAGGCUCAGUUCCCAUGUCUCUGGACGAAGAAUAUCUUCAACCUCCUGUAAACGUUUCGUCACCAUAUCAAGCACAGUCACCUCCUUCCAAAGUUGUUCUUCCUGAUGGAAGAACUUCAGCAUAUGCUAGUAUCAUGCAGACAAUAAUGGUUCCCUCAGCGCAACCAUCAAAUGAUGAUACUUUAGGCCCGUCUACACCAGUUGUUAUACCCCAAACUCAAGUUCCAACUGAAACCUCCUCAGCCAUGAUUUCACCACCCAUUGGUUCGUCAAAGCCUGUUAUCUUGUCCACUACCGAGCAUCCCGCUGUAUACUCCCGAGUUGCAUCACCAGAAACAAUAACAAAGGAGCCCAGCCCACCAAAGAUUAUCCCACCUUCCUCUUCUCACCAGGCGGACCUUGAAGACAUCACAUCAGAAGAGGUCUUUGAGUCCCGCUUCAAAAAACGCGAGUCCUCCCUCACAAGAAGCUUCAAGUUUCUGUCCAGAUCAAAAGAAGAGGAUAAACCACAAGGACAUCAGCCCACAGAGGCUGUUGAAGAGAUGUACAGGCCCGGACCAAUGGGUGCACCUUUGGAAUUUGUACCAAGGAGGCUUGAGGAGAAAUCCAAGUCUGUCCAGGACCUACGUGAAGCUCAAAAGGACCAAGGGUUCAUGAGAAGGCUGUCUAUGCGUCUGAAGAGAACUCCGUCAGCUGAGCGCAAGGAAGACGUGACCAAAGAUGAGGAUUCAGUCUUCUCUAAGCGAAGACUUUCUUGGACCCUGGGACGGAAGGGGCCGCAGGAGAAGAAAGACGUGGAAAUGUCACUUGAUGAUGGAAGAGGUGACACCUCGGAGGAACAAGACGGCAAAAAGCCAAAUGAGUCCCCGGUAUUAACAAUGCGCCGGAAGAUUGAGUCGACAGUGGCUGGGAUCUCCACCAGAAUUCGAAGUUUCUCUGAGGAACGAAGAGCAUCUGAGGAUAAGGAGCCAAAGAAAACACCAAUUUUCUCUAUGCUUCGUCGUGCAACAUCAGAGAGCCGAGCCAUGAAGGUCCCCAGCAUUCCCCAGAACCAGCUUGCAUCCCAGGUCAGCAAUGGGGCUUCUACAGAGUCUCUGGACUCGGUGUCCAGCCAGAAGUCAGACGCCACCAGAGGAAUCGAAGUUGAACGCCGAUCACGCUGGGAUCGCUGGGGAUUGAGCCGAGGGAAAAAAGACAAAACAGUGUCGCAGCCCGACAUACCGUCAGCAAUCUCCAGAGACAACAGUGCAAUUCGUACAAACAAAUACUCAAGACUGGCGUCAGACUUCCCACCAGUGUUCCACAUUAAACUACGAGACCAUGUCCUGCUUGAGGGAGAUCCAGUCACUCUAAGUUGUCUGCCUGCUGGCAGCCCACAUCCUCACAUCAACUGGAUGAAAGAUAAGAAACCUUUGCAGAUCGACGCCCGGAUGAACAUGAUCGCCUGCCCUGAUGGUCGCCAGCUGCUGAUGAUUAUGCAGACCACCAAGAAGGACGCUGGCGUCUACGAAUGUGUUGCCACCAACCCACUGGCCUCUAUUUCCAGCUCCUGCACAAUCUCUCUCGCUCGGUUGCCAAAUCGACCUGGAACGCCGGAAGUUCCCCAGAAGUACAACAACACCGCUCUGGUUCUUUGGAGACCGUCAGACACCAUGGCACCUUGCACGUAUUCGCUGGAGAGGAGAACAGAGGGAGAGACCAACUGGCUGAUCGUCGCUACUGGAGUGGCAGACUGCUACUACAAUGUGGUGGACUUGCCAGCAGGGGGCGCAUUCAGAUUCAGAGUGGCCUGCGUCAACAAAGCUGGCCAAGGCCCUUACAGUAACCUCUCUGAGGCUGUUCAGCUGGAAUCUGUCGAAACCUCUAAAUCCAGUACGACUGUGGUGGUGAAGACAUCUGCCUCCACCAGCCCUCCAGCCCCGGUGGUGAUGAUGUCCUCCAUGAAAGUGCCUCCCAUUAAACCUGUUCCAUCUAAGCCCACCACCCUCGCCCCGGCUGUCCAGCCCCCAGCUCCAGUCGUGACCAAAUCUUCGUCCCCUGUACGCACUCAGCCGGCUCCACAGGUGGAAACCAGUCGCCCAUCCAUCACUGCCACCUCUGAACCCGCCGCAGUCCAGACCAGCACCACAGUGCAAGCAACUCCUGGCAAAGCCAAGUCCACCCUGAGCAUCAGCAUGAGCAAACCUCUGGCCAAGCUGAUGCCUCCACCCGUCGUCCCUCCUAAACCCCAGAGUCCAGUGACUGUGGUGUCAUCCGCCACCACCAAACCACUCUCACCUGCAUCACAGCCAGCUCCUGCCAUUGGGAAGCCCAUCUCCUCUGUGCCCAUGUAUGUUCCAGCUGCAACGGCUCGGGUCACGCCUCCCUCUCAGCAGCCCACCCCGACACCACCCCCGACCGUCACAGUCUCCCCACCUGUGGUCGUCGUCCAGAGCUUAACCCCCCAGGGAGGGGAUAGCCGCAGCACUCCAUCUGGGAGGGUCACCCCAUCGGGAAGACUGACACCCUCUGGCCGUAGGACCCCGAUGGGCAAGCCUGGAGAAGGGUCUCUGCGGCAAGGUGUUCCACAGAAGCCAUACACAUUCAUGGAUGAGAAAGCAAGGGGCCGGUUCGGAGUGAUCCGGGAAUGUCGGGAAAAUGCAACCGGCAACCUGUUCAUGGCAAAGAUAGUUCCAUAUGAAGCAGACAGCAAGCAGGUGGUGCUGCAGGAGUACGACAUCCUCAAGUCGCUCCAUCAUGACCGGAUCAUGGCGCUGCACGAGGCCUACGUCACACCACGCUACCUGGUGUUGAUUUCCGAGUACUGCAGUGGAAAAGAGCUGCUCCACAGCCUGAUAGACAGGUUCAGGUACUCGGAGGAUGACGUGGUCAGCUACAUUGUUCAGAUCCUCCAGGGACUAGACUACCUCCACACCCGCCGCAUCCUCCACCUGGACAUCAAACCAGAGAACAUUAUCGUCACGCACAUGAACGUCAUCAAGAUCAUCGACUUUGGCAGUGCUCAGAACUUUAACCCCCUUUUCCUCAAGCAGUUCAGUCCCCCCAUUGGAACGCUGGAGUACAUGUCUCCAGAAAUGUUGAAAGGAGACGUGGUCGGCCCUCCAGCUGACAUCUGGAGCAUUGGUGUGCUGACUUUCAUCAUGUUGAGCGGCAGAUCGCCCUUCAUGGAAGUGGAACCUCGGCAGACUGAAGCCAGAAUCCAGACAGCAAAGUUUGACAUCUCCAAACUCUACCAGAAUGUGUCCCAAAGUGCCUCUCUGUUUCUGAAAAAGAUCCUGUGUAGCUACCCCUGGGGCCGCCCCUCCAUUAAGGAUUGCUUCAAUAACUCCUGGCUUCAGGACGCUUACCUGAUGCGCCUCCGCCGCCAGACUCUCACUUUCACGACCACACGUCUCAAGGAAUUUUUGGCCGAUCAGCAGCGCAGGCGAGAGCAGGUGGCCACCAAGCACAAAGUUCUCCUGCGAUCGUACCAGAGCUCACCACAAACGCCCACCAGCCCUGUCUCACCGAGCGUGCCGCCCUCCCCUCUGAGUCCCGUCAGUCCAUGAAGACAGAGGCAACACACGGGGCGGGACACACACCGGGCCGCUCCAGGUUUUGAAGCAGCAACCAAUCAGAGCUGGACGUUGGACUGAGUCAUGUUUGUACCAGAAAAUCAAUAGUACCUCAAGUUCUAUAUUUCACUUUAGAAUAAGAACUUUAUUUCUUACCUUUAAGUUUUAUAACUGGAUACUACACGUCCUCCGAAAUCUGUACUUUCAAUUUUUAAAAAAAGAAUCGUGUGAGAGAGAAGGGCUGCACCUGAAUAUGACAUUUUAUAUUGCAAAGCUGUGUCACUUGUGAUCAAUGUGAAUUCAUUUAUAGCUAUGACUCGAGUCCACUAAGAGAACACAGAGUAGGGAAACACGCCACGCGUUCCUGUUUUUAAAUUUUUGGUUUGGACGUGCCUUCCAACUGACUUGGAUGUAAAGGGGCUCUGAUAGAAAACGUUUUUUUUUUUUUAAAACAUUUUCAAUAUUCCAGAACUUUUUAUCACGAACUGGUAAUGCAGUAGUGUCUUGCACUGAGUCAGUCUUUAUUUAUGGUUGCAAUCCUAAUUUUGAUCUUAGAUUCUUCCAGUAACACUAGCACAUCUAAAUCUAAAGCAGUGCCGCCAAAAAAAAAAAAAAACACAGCAAAAACAGCAUCUGACGCAGUCACCUGAACAGCGGGAGCCUCUUAUUUAAGUGAAGUAAAAAUACUUUUAAUGAGGAUUUAAGUGUUCUCUUGCACAAUUUUAACCAUUGCCUGAACACUUUUCGUAUUUCGACGUACAGUAUAUUGUGGUGCCUCUAAGUGCCCUUAUACAGUUGAUGGUGUUCAAAAAAUAAAAGAAGUGGAUUCAUAGUGAUUGUAGCAGUCGGGUUUUUAAAAAUGGGUUUGAAGUAAUGGGGUCAAUUUACUGUAGUACAAUAGUGAAGCAAUUGAUUUUAGAUCCAUGAUGAGAUCAAAAAAAAAAAAAAACCAACAACUGAUGGACUAACAAAUCUUAUCAGUCGAUUUCUAUUGCAUUCAUUUGUACGAUAUGUCUGCUUGUUUCAGAAAGUGAAUGUCGUGAACUGGACUGAUGCUUACACCGUCUCAGACGUAGAUGUCGGUAUAUUGUUUUUAAUGUUUUUUGGGAGGAUUUUGUAACAAACAAGCUCAUAGAAUGUUAUGCUAGCAGAGCUAAUAGCAAAACCACUUUUUAUUUCUGCUUGAAAUACAUGAAAGCUUUUUCUUGUUGAGCUGUUUCCAUUUGGGAUUAAGUGCUGAACUCGGUCACAGGUUCGUCGAUCAUGGUUUUGCUCAUGCUGACUGCAGACAACACCAGCUUCCCCGGCUGCAUUGUUCAAUAGGUCGACGGCAUCGCCGUUGACUGGCUGCUAUCUUUAUACAUAUUUCCCUCAGAGACACUUUCUGGACAGCGCAGAUGUUUAUCACGACCCUCUGUGCGGCAGAUCAGUCGCCCGCGACGGCGAUUCCCUGAUAGUGUAAAGCUCUUUUCCAGUACUCGGUGGAAUGUGUUGCAGUGCCUCGUGGUGGAUGUUCAAUGCGAGAAAAUAGUUUGAUAUCUUUGAUGAUAUGAAUGUGACUCUUACCGCGUGCUCUUGUUUAUUUAUUGAGUGGCUAUUUGUUACGGCUUCUGCUUCUUUUUGCUCAGCUUUUUUUCU